AUUAAUUAGAAAUUUGGGACACAUAAGGGAGAAAAAUAGGGAGAUAGCAUUUACUAGAUAUUGCCUAUAAAUACCGCAACCAACCAUAUGUUCCAUUCAACCUAAUAAACAAGACCCGGAACUGGAAAUACCUUUGAGAAUGGGCUACUCAAGCAAGACUUUCCUAUUCCUAUGCCUAGUGGGGUUAACCCUUGCUCAUGUUUCUCUAGCUGAAAGCUCUGACGUCCAAGACUUUCUGGAUGCGCACAAUGCAGCUCGUGCCGAAGUGGGUGUCGGUCCAAUUUCUUGGAACAAGACCCUUGAAGCCUAUGCUCAAAAUUAUGCUAACCAGAGGAGGGACUGCGUGUUGGAGCAUUCAAACGGGCCGUACUCAGAGAACAUAUGUUCAGGCUGGAGUGGCUUUACAGCAUUAGAGGCUGUGAAGAUGUUUGUAGAUGAGAAGCAAUUCUAUGACUAUAAGAGCAACAAGUGUGUGAAGGAUGAGUGCAGGCACUACACUCAGGUUAUUUGGAAGGACACGACGAGUCUGGGCUGUGCCAAGGUAAGGUGUCAUAGUGGCGGAAUAUUUGUGACAUGUAACUAUUCUCCUCCGGGAAAUAACGACGGCGAACGCCCUUAUUAGGUCUUGUUUGGAUACACAAUAAUACUUGAAUUUCCCGCUGAUUAUGCUACCAAUCUACAAUAUAAGUUGAAUUGGUCAGUAUUCUCAAUGGCAUUCCUUUUCUUGAAUUGGGCAUUAUUCUAUACCCAAAUUUUUCAUAAUUUUUUUAUGUAGUCUUUUGUGAUCUCUAAGAGAAUUGCUGUAAACACAAAAUAAUUCAAAAUAAUCGCUAUAUUAUAUAGCAAAUUUGAAUGUGCCAUCGCAUGUAUCUUGAUCGAGAGCUAUAAAGGUUUUGGUUGUGUGGGCUA